AUGCCGCGAACAUUACCAUGGCUCGCCAAUCCAGCCCCACCCGAUCGCAAGUCACGAACGACAACCACAGCGUCGGUCAAACGCCGCAAGGUCGACUCGUCCCCGCCGUCCUCUCCGCCGGAUGCACUCGAUGAGUUCAUUCGCACGCCAAAAGACAACAUCCGGGCAGCAACAUCUCUACGCUCGCCAUCCACAUCUCCACCGCCCGCACUCCCUAAGCAGGAGUUCAUGCGGCCCGGAUGGGACGCCGAUGACGGCUGGAGGAUGGUAACGGAUGAGUUCACGGCCACUGCCCAACUCUUCACCACACACCUCGCACACGCCGAAUAUCGACGUCAAAAAGAGCUAGCGAAGAAAAGGGAAAGAGCUCUGGGAGGCGCAGAUGCGAUAGCCAGACCCGUGAUUGGACAGCUGAGCAAGGAUGGGCAAAGAAAGAAGAUAGGAGAACUGCAGAGGGCGGCUGUCAAAGCUGUCAUGAAGGAGGAGGAAGAAGAAGAAGAAGAAGAAGAAGAAGAAGAAGAAGAAGAAGAAGAAGAAGAAGAGGAGGAGGAUGAUGACCCAUGGGUGGGCACACAACUGGCAGGGUUGAUGAUGAGCCCGAGGAAGAGAGAGAGGCUGCAGCCCGUCAAGGUUGUUGGACGCAGCAGUACAAGAGCUGCUGCCGGCUUUUAUCGAGCACGACCACUGGAUCUACGAGGGAGACCACUGGAAAGGCAGAAGAGUCCAGGUGCCAAGAAGGAAGUCAAGGCUGAAGAAGACACGACCGACGACGACCUCGACGCUCCCAAGCCAUCCAGAUCCCUGUUUCGUCCACCACGCACACAGCCAACGACACCUACACCCUCUCGUCUGAACAACGUCUGCAAGCCGUUCGCAAACCCACGCAGCGCAAACACAAAUACCGCUCAAAGAUCGUCAUACCACCCCUCGUCCUCAACAAGCUAUUCCUCAGACCUCUCGGACAGAUCCUCGCACAAGAAGUGCAAAAGCAUCGACCGCGAAAUCUCUCGUCCACCAAAACGCGCAAUUCGCGAGCCUUCUCCACCAAGAGCAAUCAAACCAGAGCCUGCUCACUAUGCAGAGAUCAAAGUGGAGCCAGACUUUGGUUUCCCAUCUAUCCCACAGCCUUCUCAGUCUGCAACGUCUGCAGUCGCACGACGCAGAGAAACAAGAUUGAAGCGUGAAAGAGAAGAAAAGAAGAUCAAGACAGAGGUUCAAGAGGAGCACGAACUACCCACGUUUCUGUUCUAA